AUGGCCCUCCUGGGCAUAUUCGCCCGCAGGGACAAGCCGUCCCACCACCGCUCCUCCAACGCCGCCUCCAACGACCCCGCCGUCGCCCCCACUCCCGCCUCCGCUUCCACCGUCACCGACGACGACGAACGCUCUGAACACUCCCUCCAGCCCAGCUUGAGCAACACCGCCAGCAUAUACACCCACCCCCACCCCGCUGCCAGCCAGGUCGCCUCCUCCAGCAGACUCAUGCUCCCCUUCCGCUCCAAGAAGCAUGUAGCAGACGACAAUGGCCUCCUCUGCCCACCGCAUGCGCAUCGUGCCCCCUCCAAGCUCACCAAAUCGCCUCGAUUCUCGUCCUCCAAGUCCGAGAGCGGCCACGACGCCCUCGGGCCCCCUCCCUCUCGUGCAGAGCUGUUCGCGUCAUACGGCGAAAUUGCAGGCCUCCGCUCAACCCACUCCCUCCCUAACACCCCUACCUCCCCUGCCCACUCGCGCGUCCCUUCGCGUGAUGACUCCAGCCUGAACCCAUCCAUGUCUACGCCCGCGUCGGCGACCGGCGGCAAAAAGUCCAAAGGGAUGUUCGCCUGGGCGCAUCGGGACCGCAAAAAGUCCAAGCUCCCCGCGCCCUCCGAGCUUCCUGUCCCCAGCAGCCAAGACGACUCGUUCAAUCUCAAGUCCUUCCGUCAUGUCCGGCCCGUCUCCCCGUCUCCGCCCCCUGUCCCAGAGCAACAGCCCCUCCGUACCCCCUCUGCGCUCUCCGCGUCUCGCACUAGCCUCACACCGCCGCAACGCACCCGUGGCAACAGCAUCGCUUCUUCCGUCGACUCGUCUCAGCGCAUCUCAGUCGCUGCUUUCCGCGAAAUGGCCGCCCGUCGCAGCGCACAGAACUCGCCGUCCCCGCCCUCUGAUGGCUCGCCCUUCCUCUGCCCGCCCUCUAUGUUUCCCCAGCCAAAGUCUCUCGGCUCCGCUGCAGGACGGCGCGUCUCACGGACGCCUGCAUCGUCUUCCACGGAUGCUACUAGCUCAAAUACGAGCGGCUCGACGGAGGAGGACGAAGAUGGAGAUGGCAAGUCUGCGGGUUCGUCGACACUGCGCCCAGGGCGCAACAAUGGCGUCAACACGAAUGGCACCGUAACACCUCGCGGUGGUCUAAAUACCCCUGUCCCGAGAAUAACGCCCUCUGCCUCAAACCAGAGCUCAGCGAGCGGACGUGAGAGCCUGCGUGCGCGAGCGUCACAAUCGACGAGCGCGCUGAUGCCCAAUGCCGCAGCAAAGCGUGCAUCCUUGCUCGUUGCCGCCAACGCCAGCCCAGGCGCGCAGGUGCCGCCCAUUCCCUCCACUGGUUCACCCAAGAUUGCCUCCUCCCCUAUUUCUACGUCCGCGUCCAAAGCCAAGGGCAAAGCCCGUGCACGCACCGACUGCACAUCGAACUCGUCCAUGUCCAGCGACUCCUCUUCUGAGGACUCGGACGACGCACCCCUGGCCAGCCUUGUCCCGCCUCGAAGGCCGGGGAGCGCGGUGUCGAAUGGCUCCUCUGGGACGGCGGGUUCGAGGGCGCGAACCUUGAGCAAGCCCAAGCCCCUAAUUGACUUGGGCGGGCUAGCACCCCCGCCAACGUUGGAAUGGGACAGGAUAGAGGCAGGCAAGGGCAAAGGCAAGGACCAAGAGAAGGAGAGAGAGAAGGAGAAGGAGAAAGAAAAAGAACGCGAAAGGGAAAGGGAACGGGAAAGAGAGAGGGAGAUGGAGAGGGAGAGGGAAAAGGAAAGAGAGAAGUUGAUGGAGAGGCAGAGGCGGAGGGAUGGAGAGAGAGACAGUCAGACGGAGACGGAGAGAGAUUAUGUGAAGGUGGAGAUAUCAGAGGCAGUGGGGAGCGAGAAGGAUGCAGAGAAAGAGAGGAGCCCCGUGUCGCCCGUGUGCACCUCCAGCGCAAACGCAAAGCCGACCUUGAACGACCGCCUCUCGCGGCUGGCACAAAGCGUCGCAGCCGCGCGCGGGACGCACUUGCCGCAUCUGCAUCCGCACCUGCAGUUAGAUAAGGAGAAAGACGAGGAAGGCGGGAGACAACCGAAACGCUCGCAGACCGCCCCUAUGGACUUCCUCGCGCCGCCCUCCAGCGGGUCAGGAACAGCCUCCACAGCCAGCUCUACCGCGCCCACGCUCACUUCCCUGACGAUCUCUCACAUCCAGCCUGUCCAACCUGCACCUCCUUCUCCGCGCAAGCACAAUGCGCGUUCGCUCUCUACGGGCGCCGUCGCCUUAGGUAUGGGUGAAGGAGUCGUGCAGGAUCUGUCCGAUCCGACUCCGAUCGUCCCUACGCCGAUACGGACGCGCACGCCUCCGCCUGCGUUCAGCGUGAUGAGCCGCCCAGCGAGCCAGGUGAGCCAGGGGCAGAACCAGGCGGGAAUGCAGAGAGCGAGGGAGGAGCAUGCUCUGUCGGUUGUGAGCUCUAGCACGGGUGCCAGCACGAGUACGGUCGCGACGACGAUUAUGUCUGCGUCUACAACCGCGACAAGCACGAGCGCAACCGCGACCAACAAGCCUGAUCACCCAGUUCUGGAAUCUCACCCGUCUCCAGGUAUCUCCGCCGACUCUGACUCUGACCCGCCCUCCCCGCCUCCCUCCCCGCCCAACUCGGCGUACGUUCUCCCGCCGCGUAUGCGUUCGCAGUCGCCUGCGCUUCGCAUUGAGCUUCGCGAUGAUCCCAUGCCCAUUUCGGCGUACCAGCUGCCUCCGCGCAUGCGCUCACAAAGCCCCGCGGCGAAAGUCGAGUUGCGCGAUGAUCCUGUGCCGAUGCUAGCAAGGAGCCCUGGGAUGCGUGCGGUGGAGUUGAGAGAUGACCCAGUGCCUGCGCCGUCGAAGAGCCCGGGGAUGCGUGCGGUGGAAUUGAGAGAUGAUCCAGUGCUCCCACCGUCGAAGAGCCCGAGGAUGCGUACAGUUGAAUUAAGGGACGACCUCGUCUCUCCCGCGUCUCGCAUCGGGUUUGUGGAUCGCCCAGCGUCUGCUGCUCGUCCGGAGUCACAGGCUAGUGGAAAUGGUGGCAGAGAUCAAUCAAUCCAGUCGCGCGCUCCGCUCAUCCCGGACAACGGUGCACACCGUCCGAAAGGAUUCACAGGCGGCGGUUUGCUUGCCGGUGCAGGCCAGUCAGCCGUGUCAGCUUCGUCGGCUUCUGUGAGCUCAUCCGCUCGUGCGCGCCGCCGGUCAGCCAUAACGGAGCAAAAUACGAUCGCUAAUGCACGUACGACCACGGCGCCAGUGCCUGUGCGCCCGUUCAUGGAGAAGAGCUUCCCAUCACAUGUUUCGACGUCAUCUGUGUCGUCGAGCGCGUCCGCUUCGACGGGCCCGCCUCCCGUGCAGUUCCAGAGCACGACUGGUACUGGCCGUGCACGCGCGGGCACAGCAGGGAGUGCGAGCCUGAGCAUGAAUAUGAAAAUGACCGCGUUUAACUCGCCGCCGGUGAAGCCGUUCGCGGGAGGGUUUCGUGGGAAUAGCCCUGCGAGCUCGACGGGCGAGUCGAGUAGCGGGCGUACGCCGGUUACUCCUCUGGACGGGAGUGAAGUGGGCUAUGCGCCGGAUAGAGGGAGACAGAGGGAGAAGGAGCGAGAGCGAGAGCGGCAGGGGGUGAGGAAGGUGCAUAGGAAGAGCACGAGCGCGACGAUGGAGGAACAGGAGAGAGGGAGGUUGGCGGAGGUGAAGGAGAGUAAGAGGAAGGAGCGGAGACGGAGCGAGACGUUGGCUGCUCUCGAGCUUGGGAAGAUAGUCAAUGGUUGUUCAGUUGCGGAUGACGGGGACGGUGACGAUGACGUCCCGCUGGACAAUAUGCCUCCGCGGAUGAGCAUGAACAUGCCAAUGAACAUGCCAACGAACAUCCCGAUGAACAUGCCAAUGAACAUGCCAACAAACAUGCCAAUGAACAUGUCCAUGUCCAUGCCCAUGAAUAUGUCCGCGUCGUCGCCCAUGUCUUGGCAGCAGCCUCAGCCUGGGAUGCUCAACCCGCAGCAGUACAUGUAUCCGAUGGUACCUCCAAACGCGGAUGGCGCGUACCUCGCCGCGCACAACCAAGCGAUGCUUGUAGCUAAGCAGGCGUACCAGAUGGCGGUCGCGCAGCAGGCGAUGGCCGCCGCGGAGGAAGAGUGGGAGCGCGGAUCGACCGCCGCCGCUAGUGUCCUCGGGGGCAUGCAUGGUCGGGCCGCGUAUCCGCCCGCGCCGAUGUUCAGUGGGCCUGCAGGCUACGGCGGGAUGAACGGGAUGGGCAGCAUGGGCAACAUGGCGAAUAUGGGCAUGAUGCAGCCUGGGUGGCCGGGCCCGAUGAUGUUCCCGACGAGCGCGCAGUCAAUGUAUGCAGGUAGCGAGGUCGGUGUUGGCCCGCGGACCUCCGGCAUCGGUUCAGGCUGGGGCUCGCGCAGUGCGUAUGGCGACCCGUCUGCUGGGAACGAGCGCCCGGGGAUGUUCAGGGGAUCGAGCCAUCCAUUCCCCGUUCCGCCGCUGCCGACAAGUGGCCAGCAGCAGCAAUACCAACAGCAGCAGCAGCAGCAGCAAAGGCCGGGGCCACGGCCGAGGACGAAGACUGCGCCGAAUUUGUCUGGAGACAGGCAGUCGUCCGAUUAUGCUGAAGGGCCACGACGCAUGGCGCCUCCGCCAUCAAGCUGGCGGUCGAAUGGGCGACCGGCUUGA